CAUGGCCUCCUUUUCAUACAGGAGAUCUGAUGAAGCAGAACACUGCAUCAGUGACAUCUUAGACUCACCUAUCCAGGACUCUCAGGCUGCCCUUAAUCUAGGUGUUCAGAAUAAGGUAGUCGACUUAUUUGAAAUGAUUGAAAAAAUGCAGAGAAGUCGUUUGGAUGAGCAAAGAUGUUCACUUCCAGCAACACUGAAGAGGGAAGAGGAAUACAUUCCAUACCCCAGCAUCCAUGAGGUAUUACAGAGGGGUUGGCCAUACCCUCUAAUCAUCUUACCACAGUUUGGGGGUUACUGGAUUGAAGGGACCUCUCACAGCCUUCCUGUAUCAGGCCCUGAAUUGCAAGACUUGCCGUCUCCUUGCAGUGGCAAAGUGAGGUUGGAGUGUGAUCCAACAGCAAAGCUGUACCGCAAACACUUCCUAGGAAAGGAGCAUCAGAAUUUUUAUGCCAAUGAUUCAGCUUUGGGCUACUUGGUUCUUUCUGUGAAGUAUGAACAGGUUGAAGGGCAAGACAAUCUUCAUCUGCUGCUGAGAGCUCGAGCCUCUACCAAGCAUGAUCUCAUUCCCAUAUCCUGCCUGACAGAGUUUCCUAAUGCUGUCCAAAUGGCCAAGCUGCUCUGUGAAGAUGUGAAUGUUGACCGCUUCUUCCCUGUGCUGUAUCCUAAGGCUUCCCAACUCAUUGUUGCAUUUGAUGAACAUGUCAUCAGCAAUAACUUCAAGUUUGGUGUCAUCUACCAAAAAUUUGGGCAGACCACAGAGGAAGAAGUCUUCAGUAAUACAGAAGAGAGUUUAGGCUUCUUAGAGUUUUUAGCUCUCCUAGGUGACAGGAUCCAGUUGCAGGAUUUUCGUGGCUUCCGAGGUGGACUGGAUGUUACAAGAGGUCAGACGGGAGCAGAAUCCAUCUAUACAAAUUUUCGGGGCAAAGAGAUUAUGUUCCAUGUCUCUACAAUGUUGCCUUUCACAGAGGGAGAUGCCCAGCAGCUCCAACGUAAGCGCCACAUCGGGAAUGAUAUUGUGGCCAUUGUCUUCCAAGAUGAAAAUACUCCUUUUGUGCCCGAUAUGAUUGCAUCAAAUUUUCUACAUGCCUAUAUGGUGGUGCAACUCCAUCACAAUGCCAGUGGAGAGACUCUGUACAAGGUUUCUGUGACUGCCCGUGAUGAUGUUCCCUUUUUUGGGCCUCCUCUUCCAAAUCCAGCAGUAUUCAAAAAGGGCACAGACUUCCGUGAAUUUCUUCUGGCAAAGCUUAUCAAUGCGGAGUAUAGCUGUUACCACGCUGAGAAAUUUGCCAAGUUGGAAGACCGCACCCGCAGUGCACUUUUGGAGAGCCUUUAUGAAGAACUGCAGAUUCGUAGCCGCAGUAUGAUGGGCCUGGCCUCAGGGGAUGAGGACAAAAUAGAGAACGGGGGUGGUGGCUUCUUUGAGAAUUUCAAGCGGGUGAUCCGAGGCCGUAGCCAGAGCCUGGACACUAUGGGGAUAGCCAUGAAGAAGCAGCAGCAGCCCCAAGCAACUCUACCCAGCCGCCCAGCUACUGCAGGCCUUGCCCUCAACCAAAGUGUCGCCGAGGGUCCCAAGGCCAUUGCUGCGUCCUUUGCCCUGCCUGGGAGAAGCCCAUCACGCAACCGAGGCAGCCGCUUCAAUGGGAGACGUAGUAGUGCCAUUGGCAUUGAGAACAUCCAAGAGGAGAAGAGCAAAGAUGUGGCUGAAAGGAUACAGAAGGUAUUGGAGAGUCCUGGACCCUUCUUUGAUCUCAAGUCAGACGGUUCUUCCAGUCCUAGUUCACCAGAAUUCCCUAACAGGAAGAGCAACAGAGGCCUCUCCAAUCAGACAUCAGGAUAUUGUGUGAUGCAGCCCCUGUCCCGUUCUUCAUCUAAUGUGAGCAGCUGUUGUAGUGGAGUCAGAGAGAAUGAAACAUCAGAGGAGGAGGAGAACGAAGCGGAGUUAAUGUGUUCUCUUGAAGGUCCCCAGAAGCAGGAUUCCCUGGUUCAGAAUGCAUGGUUAGAUGACAGUGUCUGUACACCCAGUAGUACCAGCUCACCAGUAACUCAGCUGCUCCCUUCUAGCAAUGCUGCGGGUGCCAUGGAAAAGGGGAAAAGCAGUAAAGUGGAUGCUCAACGUUACAGCCCAGCCUCCAUUUUAUGCUGUGUGUGAUGCCAUCGCUGGAGGGGUAUCUCAGUGCAUGCUGGGUAAUUCACAGGUAAUCUGCUUCCUAGGGGGUCUCAAUACCCUAGGACACAGGGGGAUAAGGGCACAUAUGGAAAAAGUGACAGUAGAAUUGGUUAUCUUUGCUACUCUCUACAGAUUCCACCUAUUUGAAAAACAGCCAGAUGCUGUCAAAAGUAAAGCCGGUUGGUUUUUUAUAUUUUUUUUAGUCCUAUAAUACUUUCCAAUUCUCUAUUUUCUUAGGCCCUCAAUAAUUUGGAACAUUUUUUGAGGCAGCCACUCAGUCCUUGCCCAACAUGGUUUGCCAACCCACAUCCAUGUAUCUAUCAAGGCAAACUUCAUAACUUGGCAAACUCCUCAAUACUGUAUCCUCUUGAUUCCCACAGUGCCCUUUUCCGGCCCAUCUCCUCCCAUUGCUGUGACUUAUUAUUUGCUGAAUCAUCACUUAGCUCACUAGCUAGUUUUGUCUGUUUCUGUCUACUUCUGCUUUUUCGCUGUCAUUGGGAGGUGUGCAUCGUUUGUACAUUAUUGCAAAUGGUCAAGGUGGGAGAGCAGAAAGUUCCCAUGGGGUGAGGGGAUUUUUUUUUAAUGCAAAUAUGUAGCUUCUUCCUUAGUCUUGAUAAUGUCUUUUAACACAUGUUUCUGUUGGAACAUUACUUCUCCCCUGAGCACUGCAGAAAGUGCUGAAUGGAUAUCAAGUUGUCAAGCUAGUCAGACAACUUUAUAAAGAUGUUACCACAAUUAACAGGAACCCCUCUGGAUCCAAUUCUGGUUGAUCACUGCCUUCUGCCUACUUAUACCCCACAGCAUUAUCCUUAUCAAAUACAAGGUUAUAGCUUCUUGUAGCUUCCCUACCCUUACUCUAUAGCAGAGGUGUCAAACUCGCAAAGACACAUGGUUGUCAAGUGACUUAUCACAACUUUUUUCCUUCGCUAAAAUGGGUGGGCGUGGUCAGCGUGUGACACAUCUGGCCCGUGGGCUGCUAGUUUGACAGCCCUGCUCUGUAGAAUACUAUUAUCUUCUGCAACAGAAUAAGUAUUCUGAUGAAGCUUUUGAGCAAUCUACGUAGUUGUUCCCUUGUAUUUCCUGUAAGAUUGAUCAGGGAAAGAGUUUGUUACCAAACCCAUGGAGCUUCUUGGCUUACUAGCAGUGUUAAAUCAGAUUUCUGCAUAGUAAUUUGAACAUUCUAGUUACCCCAUUACAGAUGUCUUCAACUUGAUCAAUUACUGGACUGUUUCCCAUGACUGUAAUUUUCAAAGCUGCAAAUAUAAAAUUGGCCACCUUAUAGGAAGCUUUACUGACC